GAGCUUUUUCUAGUUAAAUAUCAAUUAGUAUUACUCGUCAAAACAAUUUAUUUUUUAUCGUCGAUAAGAAAUCGGACAUUGAUAACGCGCUUAAAAAUUUCAUGGCGUUAUGAAAUUCAAGCAAUACUUUUAAUCUUGGCAUAAGCGAAAGAAUCAUUCGCAUCAACACUGUUACGUAAUUGUUAUCUGUCAGGAAUAGUAUGAAUAGAAGGUGCUUCAAUGCUCUGUAACCAGUUGAUAUCCAAGAAUAUUAGCGUUUCAGUGAGGAUCGGAGUGAAAGCACGGAACGUUCAACGAACAAUUUUACCGCCUAUCAGAUUUUUCUUUAAAAAUUUCUUCAAAUUCCAAUCUAAAAUGUCUCCAAUACCUAGUCUUACAUUUUCCAAUGGUCUCAAGAUGCCUGUUUUUGGCCUUGGUACGUACCAGUCAAAAGCGGGGGAGGUAGAGAAAGCCGUGAUGGAAGCUAUAGAUCUUGGAUAUCGUCAUAUAGACACCGCACAUUUUUACCAAAAUGAAAAAGAAAUUGGUCAAGCGGUUCAAGCUAAAAUCAAAGACGGCACCGUGAAAAGGGAGGAUCUUUUCAUUACAACCAAGCUUUGGAACAAUGCCCAUAAAGAAGAUAUGGUUGUUCCAACUUGCAAAAAAUCUUUGGAACUUCUUGGUCUCAGCUACGUGGAUCUCUAUUUAGUUCACUGGCCAUUUGCUUUUAAGGAAGGAGAUGAAUUGUUACCUAAAAAUGAGAAAGGUAUUCCUAUAACAUCAGACACGGACUAUCUUGAAACUUGGAAAGGAAUGGAACAAUGUGUGCAGUUAGGAUUAGCUCGUAGCAUUGGAGUCAGCAAUUUCAGUAUAGAACAAAUCACUCGUUUGCUUCCAGUGGCUAAAGUUCCACCUGUAAACAAUCAGGUCGAAGUUAGUGUGAAUUUAAAUCAAAAGCCAUUGAUUGAAUUCUGUCAGAAGAAUAAUGUCACUGUAACUGGAUACUCACCAUUGGGACAGCCUGGAAACAAAGCCGGUGCACCGAAUUUCCUGGAAAACCCAACAAUUUUAGAACUCGCCAAAAAGCACAAUAAAACACCAGCACAAAUUAGUCUACGAUACGCGGUGCAACACGGAAUCGCCAUUAUCCCGAAAACUGUAACACCCAGUCGAUUGAAGGAAAACAUGGGCAUAUUUGAUUUUUCCUUAUCAACUGAGGAAAUGAACUCUAUAGCAGCACUCGCUACAGGUCAACGCGUUGCACGAUUUAUAGACUUGAAGGACCACAAAUAUUACCCAUUCUAAAAGUGAAAGUUUCAUCGCGAACGGAUGGCAGGAAGCAGCUCAUCAGUUUCGGUGUAAAUUAAAUAGUAAGGCAUAUCCCCUUUGAACUUAUAUAAUCCCACGCUGCAAUUCGGCUCUCGUUUGACCCUUGUCUAUUCAAUUGGAUAUAUUGAACGCCAUGGAAAAUUUCGACGCUUCGUUUUGAAAUGACAUCAUACCAGCCUGCAAACAUAACAAAGCGGACACCGUUGCGAAUCAGGCUAAUUGCAUGUAACCAGUAUUUACAACGAUGACAGAAUGUACAAUUUCUGAGCAAAUAAAAUUGCAUCAAAACGUA